AUGGACCAAAGAUUUGAACAGUUACAGAAGGACAUGCAAGACCAAUUGCAAGAGCAAUUGGCAAAGAUGCAAGACGACAUGAGGGAGCAAAUGUUGGAGGCACAAAGGAACAUGAUGGCUGAGAUGACCCAACUUCUGAGGGCCACUGAUAAGGGAAAGGCUCCCAUGACAAUUACUGGCGAGGAGGGUGAGGAUUAUCCUCCAGGUUUCACCCCACCCCACGUGCCUACACAAACCGAUGCACUUCCUAUGAGGCCAUCUGUCACUAUAAGGCCCCAACAAGGGUCAGUUGAUACUGGGAUCCCCAUGAAUUUUUUAACUGGCUCAGGAUUCAAUUUGGGUGACAAUCCUGCAAAUCCUGUCAUUCCUGACUUAGACACGGCUAAAAAAGAGGAUCUAAGAACUGAGGCUGUAAGACAGUUGGAAGAUCGCUGCAAAUGGUUGGAGGAAAAGUUCAAGGCUUUAGAGAGUGCUGAAGGGCAUCAGGGAGUUGAUGCCAAAGAUUUAAGCUUGGUCCCAGAUCACAAAUUCAAGACGUCGGAGUUUGAGAAGUACAACGGAACUACUUGCCCAGAGGCCCACAUUACGAUGUUUUGUAGAAGGAUGACGAGUUACGUGAAUAAUGAUCAACUAUUGAUCCAUUGUUUCCAAGACAGCCUAAUUGGAGCAGCAGCCAGGAUCACGUUACAAAACGUGGAGAAGAAGCCUAAUGAGAGCUUUAGGCAGUAUGCACAGAUAUGGAGAGAGAUUGCUAUGCAGGUUCAACCACCGUUCUUGGAGAAGGAAACCACUAUGCUCUUUAUCAACACCUUGAAGGCUUCAUUCAUUACCCAUAUGAUUGGAAAGACUACGAAAAGUUUCGUUGACAUAGUUAUGGCAGGGGAAAUGAUUGAAAACACCAUAAGGGGCGGUAAGAUAGAAGGGGAAACUACUAAGAGAUCAACCCCAAGGAGAAAUAAGGUGAACAAUGCAAGUAAUUAUAACUCAAAAUCAGCUAUGGUUAGUCAACCAAGAGCAGUAACUGUAGGACAGCGGGGUUUGCAAAUGAAUGAAUUUGGUGCGAGACAGAAUUCUGAAAAGAUCCAGUUCACACCCAUUCCAGUGACGUACAAUGAACUUUAUCAGAAUUUAUUUGAUGCAUACUGGGAUAACAGGACAUUCCAUAGAAAUUGUACUACCUUCAAGAAAUUGGUUGAAAAAUUCACCAAAAUAGGUGUUAUAAAGUUUGAUGAUAAGCCUGGUACAGAGAACCCAUUGCCAAACUAUAGCGAUCAGGGGGUAAAUGUGAUUGGGGAAGAUGAGGCUGAACUAGGAAAUCUUGAGGGUAUUCGUCCCUACAAAUUGGAAAGCUCUUUAAACAAUUGA